AUGGCCACUUUGAGUCUCGCCCGUUGCCCCGCGGACAUAGCCGGCGCGAGCAUCGUAUCGGCCGACGUGUCCGCGGACCUCAGGCUGCUAGCGGCGCACCUGCCGUGCGGCGAUGUUGCAGUCUGCGCUCUCGGCAGCCCCGUGCGCCCCGCUGCUGCCACCACCCACGUUCUCUUCCGCGAUCGCGCCGACCCCGCGGACGCAGAUGCCCCUCCUCACGCGCCCUCGUACCAUCGCCGCCUCGCAUGGCUGUGCCCGCGGCAGCAGCCGGGCGAGCCAUGCGAUCAGGGCCAGUCGCACGAUCGAAUUCUCGUGCUGCUCAGGCCCAGCCGUGUGUCGCUGUACGCGAUAAGAGCAGGCACGAGCCCCUUGUCGGGGAAUCCCAUACCGGCUGCGUCAGUGCAGGCCAGGCGCGUGUCCGACGGCAGGGCGGGCGUGCGAGUGGUGUUCUGGCCGGGGGACGCGCACGAAUCCUCCUCCGCUCGCGGCGCCAACGAUGCGCUGCACCUGGCGAGUGGCGCAGCAGACGGCGCGGGGGAAGCUGGCAGAUGGGAGCAGUUGGCGGGGGGAGGGGAGGCGGCAGCGCACAUGAGCAUGGGCGCGGGUUCGCGCAUGGGGUUCAGCAUGAGCGCGUGGCAUGCACACUUCGAUUCCGCGCCCUGGCACAGCCUGCUGGCCGCCUGUGGCGUCAUGGCGGCUGGCGAAGGCGGUAGAGAGCAGGCGCACAGCAGCGGAGAGGCGAGCAUGCAGGGCAGUGGGAGCGAGGGCGGGGCGUGGGGGUGUGCGGUGGAGCAGGUGGUGGCGGUGGGGGUGGAGGCGGACCCGCAUGCCUCGCACCUCGCGCUGCUGCUCACGUCGCGCCAAGCAUACUCGCACAUGUGCCUCUCUCCCUCUGCGCUGCGCUGCCAAGCCCCCCUGCCAGCACACAGCAGCGUGCUUGUGCUGGCCGUGGCAGGGGGAGCGAGCACGGACAACGGGAGGCAGGGGACACAGGGCGAUGCGGGUGGUAUGGUGGAAGAGCAGUGGCGCGGGGUGCAGGGGGAGCAGGGGCGCGGGGCGGGUGCUGUGGUGCGCGUGCAGUGCUGCAUCCACCUGCAUGCGGUCACGGGCGCACAGCAUGGGGCGGGCGCCAUGUGGAGUGCCGUGAAGCUGCAGGGCGCCGUGCUGUGCGCCGUGCAGCCAUGGGGCGCUGCUUUCACGUGGAGCGCUGCCUCUGGCCGCCCCCUGCACUCCCUGCUCCUCACCCCCGCCGGGCCCACGCCUCUUGCGCCCACUCACGCCUCUGCCCCUCCCCAUGCGCUCCACCUGCAUGGCGCUGAUGCCAGUGCAAGCAGUCGCAGCAGUGAGAGCAGUCACAGCUACCCGCCCAUGGAUGACACGCACUGUUCGCUUGGCGUGGCGGCGGGUGGGAUGGGUGACGUGGUGGGAGUGGUGCUGGGGUGGCAGGGCGCGCUGCUGUGUGCCGUCACCACCACGGGCCUCGUGCUCACUGCGUUGCUGCGUGCGCCACCGCCUCUCCCUGCACCUCUCGCCCCUGCCAUGCGCUCUGUGCUGCUGUGCAGUCCUCUGGCGUCAGGCCGCCUGCUGCUGGGGCUCGUGCAUGCAGACAGGCCAGGGCCAGGGGAGGGCAGCACUGCCGUGCUCACAUUGGCCGUGCUGCACUCGCCUCACACGCCCCACCAUUCCCUCCCAGACGCUGCUCCUCACCCUGCCGCCGAUGCAACCUGUCCAGCACCAAAGGCACGUGUCGCUGUCUAUUCCUUCCCGCUUACAGUCCCCCACAACCACGCGCCCACCACCCACACCCCUCUUGCACCCGCCCUGCCGUCUCUCUCGCUGCCCUCCCCCGCCCUGCCACUGCUCUCCUGCCACCGCCUGCUCUGUCUCUCCAACGACCGCCUGCUCCUCCUCCUCCCCGCCCGCCUGCCCUCGCCCCUGCACCUCUCCUCAUCAGCGCCCCUCUUCCCCAUGUGCCACCUGCCCCGCUCGUGCCUCCCCUCACCCCCACCCGCCGCUGCUCUUAGAAUGUCCCCCACUCUGGCAGCCCUGCAGCUGGAAGGUGUGCCCUCCCCGGCACCUUGUGGUGGGGGCGAGCAGCAGGAGGGGGGAGAGAGGGUGCAGAGAGGAGGACAUUUUGCAAGUGUGGUGGUGGGGGGGAGUGGUGUGGUGGAGAGGUGGGUGGGGGCGGAGAGGCAGGAGGAGGCGUGGGUGUGCAGUGUGAGUGAGGCCAUGGGGGCGGUGAUGGCGAUAGAGGGCGAUGUGAUGAACAGGGAGGACCUGGGCGGCACUGCCUUCCUUGCCCUGCUGCACCACACCGCACACGCCAACGGUACCAACCCUGCUCUUCUCACCUCACCUGUGCCCGCAGAGCAGCAAGUUGCUCUUUCAGCACGCCAACGCUGGCCGGACUCGUGUCUUGUGUUGCAGCAUGUGCGCCUCUGCCUCGACCUCAUGUGCCCUGCGCCCUCCGUUGUCAGGCUGCUCUUCCUGCUGCACGGCAUCAGUGCCCCCCUGCAAGUGAAGGCCUUCCACUGCCUGCUCUCCUACCUCAUCGCACACCUCCCCCUCGCGCGCUUCUCGCGCUCCCACGCCAGAUACACCUCCAGUCUGCUGGCGCAUGCCAUCCGCGCGCUGCUGCAGGCCCUCCUGCUGCACUACCACACGGCGCCCGCCUCGCCCCACAGGGCUCGCCGCCCCCACUCCUCACUGCGCCCGCGCACACCAGCAGGAGCAGGCAGGCACGGGGGUGUGGUCAAGGGCGAGAAGGGGAGAGGGGGAGGGAAGCGGAGGCAGGGUGAGGGGGAGGCGGGGAGUGAGGAGCAGGCGGUGCAGAGGGCGAGCAUGGAGGCGCUGUCUGACGUGCUGCUCACUCUGCGCCGCCUGCACACCGCCGCCACUCGCCUCGCUGCCCACCAUGCUGCUCCCUCUGCCGCCACCGCUGCCCCCACCAGCACUGCAGGCGGCGCUGCAGAGAGCAGUGGCUCAGCAGGGGGAGUGGGAGGUGGCGCGGAAACGCAGUCAGGGAUGCUGUUGCUGUGCGCCCCGCAUGCAGAGGCUGCGCUUCCAUCUGGGCCAAUGUACGCUCGCUUGCCUCCUCCCCACCAUCCUCCCUCCUUCCUCAUGCCCCACCCACUCCCCGACCAUCUUUCAGUCCCCUCCUCUCUCCUCACCUCGCAACCGCCCCACCAACCCACCACCCUCGCCACGUCCCCUGCCCAGCCGCUCGCCCUGCCGCCACCACCCAGUGCUGCACCCCCCAUGGACAUUCUCCCCCACCAGCUGCCAGUGCUGCCCCCUUAUAGCGCGCCAAUGCGGGCAUGGAUGGAGGGGGGCGAGCAGGAGAGUGUGCGGGCGAUGCUGCAGCGGUGGCAGCAGCAGCAGAGCCCCUCGCAGGUGGUGGUGUGUGACGCCAUCGCUGCCUGCCGCCUGCCCCUCGCCACCGCCUUCCUGCACCACCGCCUGCUGCACCCCCCACGCACACGCACGCAGCAGCCCCUCAUCCAGGGCACAGGUGGUGAGCAGCACAAGGCGGUGGAGGAAGAGGAGGAUGACACAGACGCAGGAGAGGAGGGAGGGGCAGAAGCAGAAUCGGAUGGGAGGGAAGCAGGGCGGGAGGAGGCAGGGCGGGCGGGCAGGGAGGAGGCGGAGCAUGUGGUGCAGGUGGAGGGGCGCAGGCUGGCGCUGGCGUUCCUAUGGCAGGGGCAUGCGGGCAUGGCAGCGCAGGUGCUGCUGCGCCUGGGCGCUCACGUGCACGCGUCGCUGCUGGACCUGCUGCUGCGCUCCUUCUCCUCCCACCUGCGCCACGUGCUCUCACACUACCUGCACCUCCACCACCUGCUGCCGCCCCCCCUCCUGCACUCCCUCGCCGCCACUCAAGCCAUCCAGGACAUGUACCCCCUGCGAUCCUUCACCUCCGCAUAUCGCCUGCGCCGCGCCUGUGCCCCCGCCUCGCUGCAACCCCGCCUUGCCACGUGCGCCGCACCCAAUGCGCCCCCCGGCACUGUCCCAGACUCCGCACCCGAGGGGGGGCGUGCAGCCGCGGACUCAGGGGGCGGGGGGGAAGCAUGUGAAGCAGGGGGGCAAGGUGUAACAGAUGCGGGUGGGGAGAGUGUGGUGGAUGAACGUGGGGUGGAUGGUGGGGCGGGCCUGGUGGCGCUGGUGCCCGCACAGGGAGGGCAACGGGGGAGGCAGGGCGUGGAGGCGUGGGGCGAAGGUGCAGGGGGUGGGGAGAAGGAGAAGAUGGAAGCAGAGGGCGUGGGUGAGGAGGAGCAGAGCAGGGUGAAGGCGGGUGAUGAUUUGAGCGUUGUGGUGCGGCACGGGUUUGCAUGUGUGGCGACAGCAUGGGUGCAGCACUGGGACUCUGCUCUGCUGCUGCAGGUGCUGGCAGAAGGAGCUUUCCUCGCCUCAUCUCCCACUCCCUCCGUUUCCUCCUCUUGUUCGCCCACCUUUUCCUCCUCGGGCGCCUCGUCCGCACUCACGGCCCUGCAUCACAUCCUAGCCACGCACCGCCUGCACAUCCCACCGUCACUGCCUGCUUCUCCACCACCCUCGCCUGCAUCACUGGUGGCGCGGGAGGCUGUGAUCUCCUUGUCCCUGCGCCACCACCUCCCUGCCCUCCUCUCCUCCACCCUGCACGCCCUCCCUCCCACCUCCCUCGCCCGCUCGCCCAUCACUGCUGCCUUGCACCGCCCUCCACAUUACUCUCUUACCACCUCCACCGCCCCCACACGCCCCUGCAUGUGCGUGCCAGUGGUGUUGGCAGCAGCAGUGCUCGAACCAACCACAGCUUUGCUUAGGGCGGAGGUGGACGGGGUAGGGGGCAGUGCAGAUGGCAGGGGCAGCAGUGGUUUCAUGCGCAGGGCGUUGGAGGAGCAGCUGGCGGCGCAGGGAGUGCUGCUGACCGCCCACUGGCGCCACCCCUUGCCCCUCCUGCGCCUCCUCGCACGCGCCCACAUGCUGCUGCCACCCAAGGGCCAUGCUGGGGGGAUUGCGGGCGGCGGGGUGGAGGAAGCAGGGGGAGUGGAUGGUGUGGGUGCAGGGAGGCGUGGGGAUGUGGGUGAGGGUGAGGGCGAUGAAGGAAAGGAAGGCGAUGGGGAGGAGGUGGGUGUGCUAGGAGGUGAGGGUGGUGGCGUGGGAGGGCUGCAGUGGAGUGCUGUGGGCAUGACUCUCACGUGCUCCGCCCUGCGCCUGCCACUGCUGCUGCACCUCUUCCUGGACACGCACUCUGCCAGUCACUACACUCGCAUGCAGCAAGACACACUCGAGGAUGACAUGCGUGGCUCCUCGCCCACCCCCCUGGCGGCACUGCCUGGCCCUGGAUGGGUGAAGGGUGCACGGCAGGAGCGGGUGGGUGGAGCAGAUGUGGAUGCCUGGGGAGAUGAUGACCUGUGGUGGUGGCAGGAGGAGCAGUGGGGCGCGGACGAGUGGUGCGCGAGGGGAAGCAGGGUGGGAAACAGUGGGGAUGAGGCAAGUGGAGAUAGAGAGAUGGGUGACGAGGAGGAAGAGGAGGAUGAGAGAGGUGAGGGUGAGGCAGAGGAGCAAGGAGAGGAGGGAAAGGAGGAGGAGAUGGCGGAUGGCUGUGGUAGUGGUGGAGGGAGCGGGCGUGCUGAUGCACAUGGCAGGUCAGCAGGGGCCACACAGGUGCACGGGCGGCGUGCGGGCUCAGAGGUGCGGCGAGCAGCAGGGGGCUGGUGGGAGGAAGUGCCCGUGUCAGCAGUGGAGCAGUGGCAGCAGCACCUGUGGCGCUCCCUGCUGCUCGCGCUGCUUCUCCACCCCCCCUCCCACCCCGCCGUCCCCUCACAUCUGCCCCUGUUCGCGUGCCUUGACCGCCUGCUGGGCCAAGGGCGCAUGGCAGCCCAGGGCGACAGGGGACGAGGGCGGGGGGAAGGCAGGGGAAAGGACGAGGAGGAGGGGAGGGGGGAGUGGUGGCGGAGUGGCAUGGGAAGGAGGGAGGAGGUGGUGGCGGUGUUGGGGGGAGGCAGAGGCAUGUGGCAGAUGAGGGGUGUGCGCAUGGCACUCACUGCAUCGCAGCAUCCGGCACAAGGAAUUACCCUGCCCUGCCUCGUUCCGCCCGCACUGCUCUCACCGCCGGACUCACUCCACCAUCACCUGCACGCGAUCUCCCACCACGCCACCCCUCUGCCACCCACCCCCGCUCUUGCCCUCGCCCUCCGCCUGCACCUCCUGCUCUUCACCCCCGUCUCCCCCAACCCCCUCGCCUCCCACUCUCUCCCCCCCGCCACAUUCCCCUGGGAGCUUCCCCCUUCCUUCCCCCUGCCAUGCGCCCUCCAACUUGCCCCCCAUGCUGCCCUGCAGCGCCUGCCCUCCCUCUCCGCCCUCUCCCACUCCCUCGCCUCCCCCUCUGCUCGACCCCACGCCCCUGCCUGGCUCAACGACAUCUCACCCAUGGCAACCCGCACUGCGCCACAGGCACCCACUAGCGCCCAUCCAAGCGCACUGCUCCCCCUGCCUCACUCUCUCCGCCACCAGCUGCUAGCAGCGUCGCCAUUGGCGCUCUUCCUCUCGCUCCUCCCCUCACUGCUCUCCCCAUCCGUCGCCCGUGCCUCCCUCAAGGCCACCACGCACCACCUGCACGGCCUGGCAUCAGCAGCAGCCCUGCUCGCGCGCACACACACGCCCCUGCUCGCGUCCGCCUCCACCUUCCUCUCCCUGCUCGGCCUCUCCUCCUCCCGCCUGCGCCUUGUCAUCGCGGCCUUGCAUCUCAUCCUCUCCUCCUCCCCACCCCCUUCGCCCUCGUCCCUGGCCGCCGUUACUCGCUUCCUGCACUGCUACUGCAGUGCAUGGGCGGGGGGGCAGCAGGGUGGGGCGGGCAGGGCAGGGGAGGCGGCGCAGCACAAGGCGGCGAGGCAGCUGCUGAGGCUGCUGGAGGGUGCCGUGCUGGGGGAGGCAGAGGGGGAAGUUGGAAAGGGUGAGGGGGGAAAUGGUGCGGGUGGGAUUUGUGUGGUGGAGGUGGGGGCAGUGGAGAAGGGAGGGGUAGGGAAGGGCGUGGUGCAGGGGUGGUCGAACCAUGCAGUGGAGAUGGUGGGGGAGGAGGAGCAGCAGGAGAGGCAGAGGCGAGUGCAGCAGGCGAUGCAGAGGAGGGAGCAGCAGCAGCAGCAGAGGGACGAGUGGGCGUUGGUGCUCGCUCUUGCAGCGGAGUUCUCACUCCCACCCCCUAACACACUCUUACUGCGCUUCGCACGCGCUAACGACUGGGUAUGGCUUGGGCUGCACAGGGGGCUUCAUGUGUGUGUGCUGUGUAGCGCUGCUGUUACCUCACGCUGCUCCCAAUACCUGCAUCCUCUCUCUCCUGCUUAUCCCCCCUCCCCCCCUCAGAUGGGAUUGCUGGCACAGGCUCAGGCGCAAACGUGGCCACUCCACGACCUGCUGCAUAUCGUAAUGCUCUCCAAUCCCCUCGCCCCUGCCCCUGCUCACUGCACUCUCUACCACAUGUGCACAGCAUUCACCAACCUCGGUCCCUUGCCAGUGCUCACCAAUGUUAGCUCCCCUCUCACGCCACUCCCCUACCCUUCCAGGCUGCUUGCAGCAUCGACCCACACUGGAUCGCACGGCCUUGCUGCCGCUGCUGUGGUUGUGUCAGCCCAGGGGGAGGUGGAGAUAUUAGGGUGGCUGGGAGAUGGGGGGGAGGAAGAGGGUGAGGCAGAGGAGGGGGUUGAGGAGGAGUGUGGAGGAGGAUUGCGGGGGAAUCAGGAGUGGGUUCUGGGGUUGCAGCACGGGAAGCGGCGGCGAGUGGAGGCAGAGAGAGGGUGGAAAGGGGAGAGGCAGGCAGCAGCCAUGGCCGAAGGGGAGCAGAGGGUGCCGCAUUCACAGGCACAGCCAGGCGCGGAGGCAACGCAAGUGGAGGGGCAGGGGAGGAGGCAUGGGGGCGAGGAGGCGAGGGGCAUGGGGCUGGGCGGCAUGGUGGCAUGGCUGUGCCGUGAGGGGUGUGUGCUGCCGCUGCUGCGCGGGCUGCACCUCUUCCUGCCCCGCUGCUCCCUGCUCUACCUCCUCCUCGCACUGCAGGCGCACUGGCGGCAGCACAGUGAGGAGGCGGAGGCGUGUGUGGCGGAGUUCAACGUGCUGGCGGACAGGGAGCACGCCCAUGCCCAAGCAGCGCACCACCACCAGGGCCACGCACUGGGGGAGGUGCUGGGAGACUUGGAGGGCGUGUGGGGUGCGGAGGGGGCAGUGGAGGAGGAGCAAGCAGCGACCCAUGACCUCCCUCCUCUGCACACUCGCUCCUCCUUCUUCUCCCCCUCCUUCUCUCUGCGCUCCCUUGCCCUCCGCUGCGCACUCUCCCCCUCGGCUAUCCUCUCCUCCCUCGCAUCGCUGGCAGUCGAUGCAGCCAUUGCCCGCGCGGCCUCCCCGCACCAAACUCUCUCGCUCCUUCACCUCCUAUCGCGCGCCCGCCUGCCCCCACCUGCCCAGCGCCGCCUGCAGCAGCUUCAGGUGGAAGCCCAGCUGCUCUCAGGUGACCCUUCAGGUCCCGCCGCCUCUCCCCUGCCCUCUAUGUCCCCUGUGGCUGCGCAUGGAAAUACCAGCAGUGCGGCAGGGGCGAGGUUGGAUGGAGGGGCGGAGCAGAGUUGGGCGGAGGGGGGUAGAGGGUGGGUCGCAGCAACGGAGCAGGGCGAGGGGGGGGUGGCGGAGAGGGCGGAGAGUGGCGAGGCGGGAUGGGGCAACGAGGCACUGCAGCAGCUGGUGCAGGCAGGCAGGUGGAAUGAGGCACGCGUGCUGGCAGGCAGGCUGGAGGGCCAUGGGGGCAGCACAGCACGGGGGGGUGGCGCACGCAUGGCAGAUGGGGGAGGAGAUUCACAUGGAGGGGGAGGGUGGAUGGGGGAGAGGGUGGAACAGGCGGGAGGCGGGGAUGAGGAGGGGGAUGAGUUGGGGGAGGGGAGCACGGGUGCGGCGUCGAUGACGCAGGAAGCCAGUGCCUUGCAGGCGCGCAUAACUCUCACUCAGGCGGAGCACAUGGUGCAGGAGUGGCAGCAGCUGCUGUGGGAGGAGGAGGAGGAGCGCGCAGUGGUGUGGGAGCACUGCCACCACCUCUUCAUGCGCCACCGCCUCCCACCGCACCGUGCCGUUGCCUUCUUCCUCGCCCAUGCCUGCUCGCUUGGCACCCAGCUCUCACGCCCCACUGCCACGCCUGCUGCUGUGCCCGCCUCUGACAGUGACGCAGAGGGCAGGGGGGGCAGCAGGAAGGAUGGAGUGGGGGCGGUGGAGGGCAAAGGGGAGGAUGAGGAGGAGAGGGUGGAGGCGGAGACGGACCCCCUCAGUGAAGGCUUGUGGAGUGCCGUGAGCGUGUGGGGGGAAGAAGAGGAGGGGCAAGAGGAGGAUGAGGAGGAGGAGGUGUGGAGUGAGGCAGGGGAGGAGGGCGGUGGUUGGGGCGAUGAGAUGGAGUGUGCGCAGAGGAGGGCGCGGUGUCUGCACCCCGUGCUGCUGCUUGCACUGCAGUGGAACCUCAGAGCGUCAGCAGCAGCACCGCACACGGCACCUGAGGAGUGCACAACCCCGCACGCCACCACCACGGAGUGUGAGCUGUCGCUCGCCGCCCUCGCGUGCCGUGUGUGGGAGGUGGCAGCACUGGCGGACCACCCCCUGCCCUCGCCCCUGCACUGCACGCCCUUCCCCGGGCUUGCCGUGCCGCUCUGCUCCCUGUGGCACCGCCUGGCGCGUGGCCCUGUGACCUCCUUCCUCGCUCGCACCGCGCGUGUCAUGGCUGCCAACCAAGACGCCCUCUGCGCUGCCGCCGCCGCCCCCCUCGACUCUCCCCCCUCGCCCUCCUCUUGCACCGCGCAGCUGCCACUGCCACCUGUUUGGCCGUCAGCAGAGGGGGGUGCAGGGAGGGGGGAGGAGGAGGAGAGGGCGAGGGAGGGCGUGGUGCAGGUGCUGCUGGAGCGAGGGCAGAUGGAGGGGGCACGUGCUGUGAGUGCGCACGUGGGUGGUGGUGGUGGCAGGGAUGGCAUGAUGGAGGCGGAUGUGGCGAUGGUGGAGGCGGCAGAGGCGAUAGCGGUGCAUGAGGGCAUGAUGGACGAGGACAUGCAUGCCAUGGUGCUGCAUGCAUGCCGCACAUGCCCUGUGGAGGAUGACACCCGUCACCUGCUCUUCUCCGACCAGCCUCUGGAUGUGCGCUGCCCCACUCAACCCGUGCACCCCAUGCGCCCCAUGCACCCGCUGCAACCCAUGCUCCCCGUAACUGUCCUCACAGCCCUCGCCCGCCUCGCCUCGCUCCCCUCCGCCCGCCUCUGCAUCCUACGCUGCUUUGCACGCCGCCACGCCAUGCAGCUCCUCACGCGCCUCUCGGAACCGCUCUGCAACGUCACGCUGCCUGCGCUGCUGCGAGCGCUGCUGGCAGAGGGCGAAGCGGCGGUGGCGAGUGUGCAGCUGCUGCUGGCCACUGGGGUGCUGUCCGGCGCUGAUGCCGUGCCCGCCGUGGCAGAGCGAAUCGUUCAGGUGAUAGACAGCGGGUACAGCAGUGCGGCCAGCACCACGUGGCGCAGCGCUGCAUACAGGCGCUUCACAGACGUACGCGGCAGAGGGCACGGCGAUGGGGAGGGCGUGCAGGGAGUGGGUGCAGGCAGCACAGCAGCACGGGGUGCAGCCCGGCAGGGCAGUGCCAAUGUUGCCCACGCUGCAUUCAUGUCCCCCUUGCACACUGCUGUGCCACCUCCCCCUUCCUCCGCUGCCUCGCCUCGCUCCUUCCACCCCUCCCCCCUGCUAGCACGCGCAUCCUCACUGUCAUCAUCAUCAUCCUCAGCAGCAGCGGCAGCAUCUGGUCGCGGCUUGGGGCACACUGCCAGUGGCAAGGCGCUGUGGGGAGGGGAUGCACCUAGUGGACUGGAUGCGGCAUCUCGCCUGCCAUGGGACGAGUCAGAGGUGGCAGCCCUGCUGUCCCUGCUCUCCCACCACCCCUCCCUGCACGACCUUCCCUUUGCACUCCCGCCGCUUCCUCCUGCUGCACCACCUGCCCCCAGCAGCAGCAGGGGCGAGAGCAGUGAAGCUCCGCCCUUGAUUUUCCUGCCUCUGGCUCUGCUCCACUGCCUGAAACACCUUGACGGCGCCAACGCCAACACACAGGUUGAUGUGCUACUUCUCGCACACUACGCCAGCGUGGCGGUUCCCUUGGCAGCCAAUGAGACGCUGCCACGUGUCACAGAGGCGAUGGUGCAGUGUGCGGUGUCGCUGGCCGCGCCCUCCCUGGCGUCCGCCUCGCUGCGCCUGCUCCUGGCCAGCACCAACCCGCGCCCCCUCUGCUUCAUCCUCACGCGCCUCCUUGCCUCCGGCCAGCUCGCCUUCCUUCUCUCUCGCCUUCCUGCCGCUGCCUCUGCUGCCCAUGCCGUGCGCUCUGUCUUCCUCCAAGCCACGCUCCCUGCCGCCAGCGCCAGCAACCCCAUGAGUACCAUGCUCUCCCUCUCCGCCUUCACCCCGCCCCCAUCCACCGCCACCACCACGUGCGCCACUUGUGCCAGAGGCUGCUGCCCUGUUCCCACGGCCGUGCCCCAUGCUUCCAGGCGGGGCAGCGGCGUUGGUGGUGGCAGGUGCAGCGGGGGAGGGGGGUGUUUGGCAUUGGAGGUGCGCAUUGCACUGCACACAGCCGGUUGGAGCCAGGGGCUGUGCGACGACAGCAAGAACCUUGUGUUGCAGCAGCUGGGGCCAGCACGGGAGUUGGCGGAGGCGCAUGAGAGGCGGGCGGGGGACUACCUGGCGGACUGGCGGGCGCUGCAGUCAUCGCGCUGGCUGCACGCCAACGACGACGCCGCCGUGCUCAUGCUGCUCGACGCCAUGCGCUGCCUCUGCGCCGCCGCCUCCAUGUGGGACGGGCUGGGCGCGGGCGACAGGGCGCGGCGCAGUGUGGCGCAGGCAGCACUGCUGGGGUUGCAGGUGCACGUGGGGGACACACUCGUGGGGCUCACACCCGCUGCUGCCAGCGUGCUGCUGCAGCAGCAGCACCGCUUCUUCGAGGCGCUCGUCAUCGCCAACGCAUACGACCUCACCUCGCCUGCCGACUGGUCGCUACUCCUCUGGACCCACCUGGACCGCUUCCGACCGUCACCGGAGUUCCUGGACGAGUGGGCGAUGGCGGUGCCCAUGGCGCUGGACAUGCUGCUAGAUGUGGCGGAGCGCGUGCAGCACGAGGUGGGUAACAACCGCUCCGCUCACGUGAACUACCUGGCGGGUGCGUUCCGGCACCUGCUGUGGCUCGUGCCGAACCUGGAGGAGCGGCUGCAGCUGGCCACGGUGUCACGCGCCGCCCCUGCGGAGGUGGACAAGUGCCUCAGCAUGCUGGACCGCGUACCAGCCACCAGUGCCCCCCUCCUGCUGCGCAGAGGCCAUGGCGGGGCGUACAUGCCCGUGCUGUGA